AUGGGCGGCAGCACUGGGCCUUCUGUGCGCUCCGCAGACCCUGGGCGCGCCGAGGUGAGCCGCCCGACCUGCCGGCCUCGCUCCAUCGGUACCUGUGGGACCGCCCUCGCCAUCCAGCACGUGUAUGGCGCCCAGCAUCCCCCUUUCGACCCGCUGUUACAUGGCACCUUGCUCAAGGCCACGCCCAAGGCACCCACCACGCCCGUAAAGGCCAAGAGAGUCAGCACCUUCCAGGAGUUUGAGAGCAACACCAGCGACGCCUGGGACGCGGGCGAAGAUGAUGAUGAACUUCUGGCCAUGGCCGCCGAGAGCCUGAACACUGAGGUGGUGAUGGAGACGGCCCACCGUGUGCUGCGGGACCACAGCCAGCGGCAGGAGCAGCACAAGCUGCGGGAGCCUCCAGGGCCCGCGCAGACGCCAGUGCCUUUGGCAGAGCCUCCUCCGGCCCCCAGCGGGGACCUUCGGCUGGUGAAGUCUGUCAGCGAGAGCCACACGUCCUGUCCUGCAGAGAGUGCUGGCAGCCCGGUCCCUCUGCAGAGGUCCCAGUCGCUCCCACACUCGGUGACUGUCGCCCUGAGUGGGACAUCUGACCCCGGUGCCCUCAGCAGCUCAGCGUUGAGUGAGAGAGAGGCCUCCCGGCUCGACAAGUUCAGGCAGCUCCUCGCUGGCCCCAACACGGACCUCGAAGAAUUGCGGAAGCUGAGCUGGUCUGGGAUCCCUAAGCCGGUCCGUCCGAUGACGUGGAAGCUGCUCUCAGGCUACCUUCCUGCCAACGUCGACCGGAGACCGGCCACCCUACAGAGGAAGCAGAAGGAGUACUUCGCUUUCAUUGAGCACUACUACGAUUCCCGGAACGACGAGGCUCACCAGGACACCUACAGACAGAUCCACAUAGACAUCCCUCGGAUGAGUCCGGAGGCGCUCACACUUCAGCCCAGAGUGACGGAGAUCUUCGAGAGGAUCUUGUUCAUAUGGGCCAUCCGCCACCCUGCCAGCGGCUACGUCCAGGGCAUCAAUGACCUGGUCACCCCUUUCUUUGUGGUCUUCAUUUGCGAGCACAUAGAGGAAGCGGAUGUGGACAUUGCCGAUGUGUCCCGCGUGCCCGUGGACGUGCUGCGCAAUGUGGAGGCCGACACGUACUGGUGCAUGAGCAAGCUGCUGGAUGGCAUUCAGGACAACUACACCUUUGCCCAGCCUGGGAUCCAGAUGAAAGUGAGAAUGUUGGAAGAGCUCGUGAGCCGGAUCGAUGAGCAAGUCCACCGGCACCUGGAGCAGCAUGAGGUGAGGUACCUGCAGUUCGCCUUCCGCUGGAUGAACAACCUGCUGAUGAGGGAGGUGCCCCUGCGCUGCACCAUCCGCCUGUGGGACACCUACCAGUCUGAGCCCGAGGGCUUUUCUCACUUCCACUUGUACGUCUGUGCUGCUUUUCUCCUGAGAUGGAGGAAAGAAAUACUAGAAGAAAGAGAUUUUCAGGAGCUGCUGCUGCUGCUGCAGAACCUGCCCACGGCCCACUGGGGCGAUGAAGACGUCAGCCUGCUGCUGGCCGAGGCCUACCGCCUGAAGUUCGCCUUUGCCGACGCCCCCAAUCACUACAAGAAGUGAGUGUGGCCCCGCAGCAGGCCCCACGCCCCGGACUGCACCCAUCCGUUUGCUGGCCACAGGCCUGUGGCCAAGGAGAGGCCUUGCUGGACAGCCCUGCCCCUGGGGCGCCCGCCGGGAGGGCACCGGGCACAGCCCAGGGCCUGGCCAGGGCGGGCUGCCUGUUUCCCGAGAUACCAAAGAGAGCCAGGGAGGGUCCCGGCCGUGCCUGCCAGCGAGCAUCGGGCCCUCCCUGUCCUGGAGUGUCCUUGCCAAGCGACCGCCUCCUGGAGCCCAGCCCGCGGUGGCCCUCGGAGAGCCUGUGCCCGGUGCCAGGGAGGAGGAGACGGUGGGCAUCUCGCACCUGCUCUGAAAUGCACAAACUGUUCUGCUGAGGGAAGGAAUAAAAUACAGACAAAUGUGA